AUGAAACUCACCUUGAUCGGUGUUGCAACCGCCCUUCUGGCUGCUACAGCUGAUGCAAAAACACUUCUUUUUCCUAUCCCACAGUCCGUUGAAUGGACAGGCCAUAUUUCAGCUCUUCAUCCAGAAUUCAGCAUUGGUGGUACCGGAAACCAACACGUCCAAAAUGCUGCAAAGCGGUACCUUAAUCUGAUCCUCUCAGAGAGAUGGGAACCUAUUCAGACUACAUUUGAUACAUUAGAUACUCUUUCCCAAGCUCCUGAUCUUACAAAUCUUGAGAUCAUAGUGAAUGACAAUGAUAUCAAGCUAGAUAUUGGGGUUGACGAGUCAUAUACUCUGGAUAUUCCUACAUCAGGCGGCGAAGCCACACUUGUUGCCGAAACCUGGGUCGGUGCUCUUCGUGGACUUGAAACAUUUUCUCAGCUAGUAUUAGGAUCCAAUGCCCACACUGUUGAAAUCCAGGAUAACCCAGCAUUUGGCCAUCGUGGUAUCCUUUUAGAUACCUCUCGCAACUUUUAUCCCACAAAUGCACUUUUACGGACAAUCGACGCAAUGGCAUACAACAAAAUGAAUGUGUUUCACUGGCAUGCAACCGACUCUCAAUCAUGGCCAUUGUUUUUCCAGUCGCAUCCCGAGCUAUCCGCCCAAGGAGCCUAUUCAUCUGCAGAAGUCUACACGCCUGCCGAUGUUCAGCUCAUCAAAAGCUAUGCAGAGGCACGGGGAGUUCGUGUGAUUAUUGAAAUUGACAUGCCCGCACACACAGCCUCGAUCGGCGAGUCCCACCCUGAUUAUAUUGUUUGCGGCAAAGAAUUCUGGGCACAAUACGCAGCCGAACCACCAGCAGGACAGUUACAUCCGCUCAAUCAACAAGCAUGGAAUCUUGUCAUAGAUAUUGUGGGUGAAGCAACAACCGUUUUCACAGACAGCCUUUACCAUACCGGUGGCGACGAGAUCAAUGCAAAGUGUUGGGAGCUUGACCCUAUAAUUCUAGAUUAUACACAGAAAAAUAACAUUACUACACAUCAGCUGUGGAGCGAGUGGGAAGCCAAACUACUUGAUUUUGUGAUCAAUACUCAAAAUAAGCGACCAAUAAUAUGGGAAGAUCUACUCAAGGAUGGCGGAACGUUGCCAGAAGAAACUAUCGUACAAAUCUGGACAGCACCUGCAAUCAAUUACACAUCCAAGGGACACGAUGUUAUUGUAUCUUCGUAUGACUACUUUUAUCUUGAUUGUGGUAAUGGAGGAUGGGUUGGAAAUGACCCACGUUACAUUAGCCCUAGCCAAACCGAGACUGCAAAUGAUACAUUCAAUUAUGGUGGCGUGGGUGGCUCAUGGUGCGCACCUUUCAAAACUUGGCAACGCAUAUACAGCUAUGAUAUGACAUACGGUAUACCAUCUGAUUCUCCAGGAAAGAUUCUGGGCGGAGAAGUUGCAGUCUGGUCAGAACAAACCGACUAUCAUGUCAUUGAUGGGCGCUUGUGGCCCCGUAGUGCAGCAGCAGCUGAGAUUUACUGGUCUGGAAGCUACGAUAAGAAUGAUAAACGCCGCACUGUGGCCGAGGUUCAACCUCGCUUCUACGACUGGGUUUACAGACUCCAGGCUCGCGGAAUAAAUGCAACACCAGCUCAGCCAAAGUGGUGUAUCAAGCAUCCUGGAAGAUGUGAUCUUAAUGAUCCAGCUAUUAAUUAA